UGGGAUUAGCUGCUGGGUGGGUGCUGUCCUUCUAGGAAGUCAGCCUGGGUGGGCACAGGGCAGGGUCCUGGGGCCCCUGCUAAAGUCCCUAGGAUUGUAGGGAGGAAAGCAGGGUCAUCAGCUAGGACCUGGAGAAAGGCCUGUCCUUGCCCAUCUGAAAUACUGGUUGCCACGUGAGCAGUAAGACACAGCUGUUGCCCCCACACCACUGAGCCACCCAGACCUGUGAGCCAGCUGGGCACCUGGCACCUUGGAGCCUGUCUGCUGUGACCCCAUCCAGAGUAGGUAUGGAGGGAGCAGAGGUGACAGAUAUCCAGCCCUGCCUCCUCCCAGCAGAGACCCCAUGGGUUCCUUCAUUUGUUGUUCAUUCAUUCAUUCAUUCAUCCAGCCAUCACUUAAGGGACACUCUCUCUGUGCCUGCCCAGAGCUGAGUGCUCGGGGCUCAUUGAUUCAGCAAAUAUUGAACACCUGUUAUGCACCGGGCUCUGGGCUGUCUGGGGAGACAGACAAAAGAUUGCUGCCCUCUAGAAGCUGACGUUCCCACAGAGGAAUAUGAUGGUUUCUAACAAACCAUGGAAAAUCAAUUUUAUGGUGUGUCAGCAGGUGGAACUGUUAAGAAAAAGGCAAGAUUAGAGUAGGUCGAGGGUGCUCAGGUCUAGGGAGGGAGGGCUUGUAAGAAAGUCAGGAAAGGCCUCACCGAGAGGCGGACAGUGAGGAGGGGCCGCGUGAGUGUCUGGGAAUAGCCUGUUCCAAGGCCCUGCGGUGGGAGCCAUGGGGUGUGCUCAAGCAAUGGGGAGGGGGCCGGCAUGGCUGGAGAUGGGGCAGUGGAGUAGGGCCCAUGGGACCCUGUUGGCUAUUCUGUGGACCGUGGCUUUGAUUCUGGAGAGCGCCGUGGAGGGGUCUGAGCAGAGGAGGGAAGAGGGGGUCUGACCUGGGUUUGGACGGGUCCCUCCAGGGCCUGAAUGUCAGUGGACCGCCGGGGUGAGAGCAGAAGCAACCGGAGAGGAGGCGGCUGCUCCUGUCUGCGCCAGAGGUGGUGGCCCCUCAGACCAGGCUGUUGAAACAAAUACCACACAACCGGUUGGCUUAACAAGAGGAAUGUAUUGGCGCACUUUCGAGGGAAGGGGGAGUCCAAAAUCGAGGCAACUGCCAGGUGACACUUUCUCCUCAAAGGUGUUCUGGGCUGGCCGCCGGCGAUCCUUGGUCCUUGGCUUUACCAUUACAUGGCAAGGCACGUGGCGGCGCCUUCUCCUUUCUCUUCCAGGUCCCAUUGACUUCCAGCUUCCUGCUCCUCGUGGCUUCUCUCUCUGUGUCCUAUUUCCUUUUUUAUAAGGAUUUCAUCCAUACUGGGUAGGGCCCACUGUCUUUCAGUUUGGGCACCUUUGGAGGUCUUAUUUAUAAACGGGUUCACACCCACAGGACCAGGGGUUGGGACCUGAACAUGCCUUUUGUGGGGGACAUGAUUCAAACCCCACCACUGGUGGACGUGGAGGUGGGCCUGUGGGCAGAUAUUCUGGUCAGAUUGUGAAGGUGGAGCCCAGCAGACUUGCCGCGGGUUCCCGUGUCACCCUGAGGCUCUGGGCCUGAGUUACAAUCACCAGCCUUGGAAGGCACAGGUAGAGCAGAGGAGGAUAAUAGGGGUGGUGGGACUUGGGGGCAGUGGAGUAGCUGGGGGGCCUGGCCUCAAGGAGCCCUCUGCCUGGUGAUGAUGGGGUUUUUGCUUUGAUGGGAGCACAAGGCGAUUUGGAACCCAGAAGAGGAGGUCUUGUUCCCAGAGGAGGUGCCAUGGGGCCAGGCUACGGCAAAGGCAGCUGUGGCCUGGAUGCGGCUCAGAGUACCCCAGCCUUUCACAGAUGCUGUGGGCAAGGGCAGGCUGUCUGAGGGGGUAAUGGAAAGAGGAAGGGAUGAAGGGGAUGUCUGCCAUUUGUCUAUGCAAAUAGCCUGACUCAUCACACCCCCACAACCCUAAGGCGAGGUGGGGGUGUGAGGAGCCUGUCUCUCGUCUGGCAAAUGGCUUCUUGGGGAGCUCUCCUUUUCCAGGAUCCCAUCCCAUCCCCACUUUGGAGGAAAAUGGAACUGUAGUUGUCCCAGCCCACCAGCGGGGCUCUGGGCCUGGGGUGGGGGCUGUGGAGGGGGGCUAUUAGGCUAUAGUGAAAUUCUCAGUUCCUUUUGUUUUCUGAACCACCACUGUGAGAAGGGUCUUUGAGCGUGAAGCAUCCUUCCUGGCAGCUGCUACACCAUCUGCCGCCAGGCCCCCUGGAGAGGCUCCAAGCUCCCUGCCAUGGGCCCCCGCCGCAGUGGCCUGCACCCCCUGUUGCUCCUGGUGCAGGCCUCAACAUUGGCCACAGCACUGGCCCUGGGCACCCUGCCUGCCUUCCUGCCCUGUGAGUUCCAGCCCCAUGGCCUGGUGAACUGCAGCUGGCUAUUCCUGAAGUCCGUGCCCCACUUCCCUGCUGCAGCACCCCGUGCCAAUGUCACCAGCCUUUCCUUGCUCUCCAACCGCAUCCACCACCUCCACGCCACUGACUUCGCUUACCUGUCCAGCCUGCGACGUCUCAACCUCAAGUGGAACUGCCCGCCAGCCAGUCUCAGCCCCAUGCGGUUCUCCUGCCACAUGACCAUUGAGCCGACCACCUUCACGGCCGUGCCCACCCUGGAGGAGCUGAACCUGAGCUACAACAACAUCAUGACCGUGCCCCCCAUGCCUAGGUCCCUUGUGUCCUUGAUUCUGAGCCGCACCAACAUCCUGGUGCUCGACGCCUCCACCUUCGCGGGCCUACAUGCCCUGCGCUUCCUCUUCAUGGAUGGCAACUGCUACUAUAAGAACCCCUGUUCCCGGGCCGUGGAGGUGGCCCCGGGUGCCCUCUUUGGCCUGGGCAACCUCACCCGCCUGUCGCUCAAGUACAACAACCUCACGGCGGUGCCCCGCAGCCUGCCCCCCAGCCUGGAGUACCUGCUGCUGUCCUACAACCGCAUUGUCCGCCUGGAGCCCGGGGACCUGGCCAACCUGACCGCCCUGCGUGUGCUGGACGUGGGCGGGAAUUGCCGCCGCUGUGACCACGCCCGCAACCCCUGUGUGGAGUGCCCGCGGAGCCUCCACCUGCACCCCGACACCUUCAGCCACCUGCGCCGCCUCGAGGGACUGGUGUUGAAGGACAGUUCUCUCUUCAGUCUGGAAGCCAGUUGGUUCCAUGGUCUGGACCGCCUCACAGUGCUAGACCUGAGCGAGAACUACCUCUAUGACUGCAUCACCAAAACUGACGCCUUCUGGGGCCUGGCCCAGCUGCGCAGGCUCAACCUGUCCUUCAAUUACCAUAAGAAGGUAUCCUUUGCUCACCUGCACCUGGCACCCUCCUUUGGGAGCCUGGUCGCGCUGCAGGAGCUGGACAUGCACGGUAUCUUCUUCCGCUCGCUCAGCGAGCGCACGCUCCGGCCCCUGGCUCACCUGCCCAUGCUCCGGAAGCUACGUCUGCAGAUGAACUUCAUCAACCAGGCCCAGCUGGGCAUCUUCGGGGCCUUCCCGGCCCUGAAGUACGUGGACCUGUCCAACAACCGCAUUAGCGGAGCUGCGAAGCCAGUGGCCAUUACGGGGGAGGUUGAUGGGGGCGGGGAGGCCUGGCCGUGGGCUGGGGACCUUGCUCCAGCCCUGCCGGACACCCCCAGCUCUGAGAGCUUCAUGCCAGGCUGCCAGACCUUCAACUUCACCUUGGACCUCUCACGCAACAACCUGGUGACAGUCCAGUCGGAGAUGUUCGCCCAUCUCUCGCACCUCCAGUGCCUGAGCCUGAGCCACAACUGCAUCGCUCAGGCGGUCAACGGCUCCCAGUUUGUGCCACUGACCAGCCUGCGGGUGCUGGACCUGUCCUACAACAAGCUGGACCUGUACCACGGGCGCUCAUUCACGGAGCUGCCGCACCUGGAGGCCCUGGACCUCAGCUACAACAGCCAGCCCUUCAGCAUGCAGGGCGUGGGCCACAACCUCAGCUUUGUGGACCAGCUGCCCACCCUGCGCUACCUCAGCCUGGCACACAAUGGCAUCCACAGCCGGGUGUCCCAGCAGCUCCGCAGCAACUCGCUGCAGGCCCUGGACUUCAGUGGCAAUGCCCUGGGCCAGAUGUGGGCCGAGGGAGACCUCUAUCUCCACUUCUUCCAAGGCCUGAGGUGCCUGCUCCGGCUGGAUCUGUCCCAGAACCGCCUGCACACCCUCCGGCCCCGCGCCCUGGGCCACCUCCCCAGGAGCCUGCGGCUGCUGCGUCUCCGUAACAAUCAGUUGACCUUCUUCAACUGGAGCAGCCUGGCCCUUCUGCCAAACCUCGAGGCGCUGGACCUGGGGGGAAACCAGCUGAAGGCGCUGACCAACAGCAGCCUGCCCGCCGGCACGCGGCUUCUGCGGCUGGACCUCAGCGGCAACAGCAUCAGCCUUGUGGCGCCCGGCUUCUUUGCCCUGGCCUUGGAGCUGCGUGAGCUCAACCUAAGCUCCAAUGCCCUGAGGACGGUGGAGCCCUCCUGGUUUGGGCCCCUAGUGGGGGCCCUGAAACUCCUAGAUGUGAGAGCCAAUCCCCUGCACUGCUCUUGCGGGGCAGUCUUUGUGGACUUCCUGCUGGAGGUGCAGGCUGCCGUGCCCGGUCUCCCGAGCCGCGUGACGUGUGGCAGCCCGGGGCAGCUCCAGGGCCGCAGCAUCUUCGCGCAGGACUUGCGCCUCUGCCUGGAUGAGGCCCUCUCCUGGGACUGCUUUGGCCUCUCCCUGCUGGCGGUGGCUCUGGGCCUGGCUGUGCCCAUGCUGCACCACCUCUGCGGCUGGGACCUCUGGUACUGCUUCCACCUGGGCCAGGCUUGGCUUCCCAGGCUGGGGCAGCGGGGUGCAGAUGCCCUGCCCUACGACGCCUUCGUGGUCUUUGACAAGGCACAGAGCGCAGUGGCCGAUUGGGUGUACAAUGAGCUGCGGGUGCGGCUAGAGGAGAGCCGAGGGCACUGGGCACUUCGCCUGUGCCUGGAGGAGCGCGACUGGCUGCCUGGCAAGACGCUCUUCGAGAACCUGUGGGCCUCGGUCUACAGCAGCCGCAAGAUGCUGUUUGUGCUGGCCCACACCGACCGGGUCAGUGGCCUCUUGCGGGCCAGCUUCCUGCUGGCCCAACAGCGCCUGCUGGAGGACCGCAAGGACGUGGUGGUGCUGGUCAUCCUGCGCCCGGAUGCCCACCGCUCCCGCUACGUGCGGCUGCGCCAGCGCCUCUGCCGCCAGAGCGUGCUCCUCUGGCCCCAGCAGCCCAGUGGCCAGGGCAGCUUCUGGGCCCAGCUGGGCACAGCCCUGACCAGGGACAACCGCCAUUUCUAUAACCGGAACUUCUGCCGGGGACCCAUGGUUGAAUAGCCCAGUGCACGCUGGGCUGUUAGCUCCUGGUCUGCUCCCGCUCUGCGCUUGACCUUGCUCUGCCUGGGGUGCUCUCAACCUGCCUCGCUCUGCAGCUCCAUUGCUCUGUGCGGCCCCCACUUCUCUCAGCCUCCCCUCACCCCUCUCCCUCACACCUGGCAUAUAGCAGGCCCUCAGUAAACGCCAAGGGAUCGUCAAACAGCUAACCCUGAGCUCCCUAGGGAUGUGGGCAGGGAGAAAGAAGGGAGAAUUCUCUGAGCCUUCCUGAAGUGAAGAGAGACAACAGGUUUGGGGAAAUUCUCCACCAUGGAAAAAAAAGCAGUGUAUGGGGAGGUUUGUUCAUAGGAUAUGCAGGGCAGGGAGGCUGCUGAGGACGGUUUUGUUCACGGGCAUCCUUUCAGUCUUCUGAAGGUCACUGGAAUGUGGUCUGGACCUUCCCAGAAAGCAGGGGUGGCUCUCCUCCCCUUAUAAGCCCUCUGCCAUGCCCUGCCCUGCCCUCCCCAUCCCUGUCAGUGGGCAGCUCCCUGCCUGGCCUGGGUCCCCCCCUCUCUGUUGUGUGCUGGCCUUGGGUAUCUGCCUUUCUCCAGCCCAUAGGACUAUAAGCACCUUUAGGGCAGAGAACCUGCAGGCCUGGUUCAUUUCUGUCUCCCAGCAAAGCCCAGAGAGGCAGCAGCUCUGGGGAAUGAAUAUUCCCAAGUGGGUGGGAAAAGCAGAUUUGUGGCGAGUUCACGUUGGGUGAUGGCACCCCUUUGGUGGUCAUGCUUGUGCUUGGCAGAGGAGGUGAGGUAGACCCAGUUUGGGAGAGUAGGGGUAUGGAGGCAUCCCUGCGGGAGGGAGCUGGGUGCCACAGAAGAUUCUAGGGUGAAUUCCCAGCCCACUCCUUUCUGUCUCCCCUUUAAGGUGCAUUCUGGGUCUCUCUCUUCUGGUAUCAGAGGGACACCUAGGGGAGCCUCCACUUAGUUACAAAGGCUGGAGGGCUCCUCUCCAGCCCCUGCCUCUCAGAGCUGGUUGGACUCAGGUGGAAGAUGCAGUCACAUCUGAUCAGUGUGGAGCAAGAGUGUGUGUUUCUAUUUUUGGCAUCCAGUGUACAUUUGCGGACACUGCUGGGAUCCUGUGCCCGAUGCCUGGAGACAGCCUGCCCAGGUCUGCACUCAGCAACUCUGUGUGGAGCUGUGGGUAUUGUCAGGCCUGGAGCCACUGAGGGGCCUUCUCCUGGGCCUGCUGCUCUCGGGAGAACAGUCCUCCACCAUCACCACCACCAUAGCUGCCCUUUGAGGAGCAGGGGAGACACGUGCAGUCUGCUGACAGUGGGAGCUGGGGCCUGGGGCUUGGGAGAGCUGAACCCAGCUUGGCUGGCCCAGGCCAGUUGGCCAGCUUGGCUGCUCAGGGCCUCUGGGCUGGAGGACUGGAGCUGGCCACAGAUAUGGCUAAUUUUGCAGCCUGAUUGUUUUUGCCUGUCUUGCAGGGCACACAGCUGGGAGGGAAGGACAGGCAGCCAGAAUUCCUCUUUCUGACUUGAGCACAGGGGCUUCUGCUGCAGGCCCUCAGCUCCUGUUAUCUGCUUGCCUGAAGGAAAGACAGAAGGAAGUUCUCUUUGGCCUGCCCCAAGGGGGCACAUCUGGCUUCUGGAGAGCAGAGCAUGGCUUCCCUUAUUUCUUUGGCCCAUGCCUGGGAGAAAACCACAGAGGCUUAAGAAACCAAACAAGAGGUAUCCUUCCACCCAGCUGGAGUCUCGGGCAGGCCCCUGUUGCGUGACUCAGACCAUAGUGGCCACACCCAGGAACAGGAGCAGAAAAGAGGAAGCAGAGCCUGAUCCAAGGCACCAUGUUUUGCAUGUGGGAAACAAACUGCCCUCUGGCAGUUCCCAGGCAGAACCUUCGUCUACCCACCCACCCACUCAUGCUCACCGUUCUGGUUCUCUGGAGGCUGGGGAUUCAGAGGUAGAGCCUUUGGGGAUAAAGGGUGGGAGUGAGAUUGUAAUCUUCUGGGCCCGGCCUGAGCGAGUCUGGGGAUCUGUCGCAUUUGGUUCAACCCGCAGGGAAAUGCUCUGCUGCUGUCUAUAGGAUCAGAAGGGGCAGGAGCAGGGCUCUGCUCUCCAGGGCCUGAAGAAAGCUUUAGGAGCUGCGCCCAGUUAGGGCAGGGUGGGAGCCGGCUCACACCAUGCCAUGAUCAGGAAGGGUGCUCAUGGUUGGCUCCGGGCCCUCUCCUUUACACAGCCAGCCAUCCCUGACCAUUAACGCUGCCAUCUGCUCUGCAAGGCCGGGCGGGGAAUAGAUAGGACUCACGUCAGAUUACUUGGGCCUGCGUCCCAGCUCUGCCAUUUGGGUUAUCUUGGGCAGGUGACCUCCCCUUUGGCAGCCUCAGUUUGCUCAUCUGUAAAUGGGGAUGACCAGAGCUACUCUGUAGGCUGUCAAGAUUAGAGGUAAUGUGUGUAAAGGUCUGACAAUCCUAGCAGGGCCUCAGUCAUUGUUAAAGGGGACGCGUGUUCAGGACCACCGGCUGAUGUGGCUUCAAUGAACUCUCUCCACUCAGAGAAUGAUCUUCCCAGGCCGAGGACAUGGGCCUGUCCCUGGGUAGGGCCCAGGGCACGGAACAAAGGUUCAGAAGCAGAAGUGGUCGAAUCGGGGGCGCUUGAAACUACGGACAGCGACUCUCCCGGGGAGCAGGAUUGGGACACUGGGGAAAGUCUGAAGACCCUGGCGUUGCCUUCUUAUGCUUGUUGUUGGGGGCCAGUGAGGACUACAAGCAGAGGUGUAGGCACAAGAUUUAGGAAAACCUAAUGGGAACAAAAAUGCAAGGAAUUUCUGUCUAUAAGUUUAAAAUUCACUCUUUCCCUCUUGGACAACUUUAUUUAAUGCCCCAGGCCUCUAAAUAUUUUUGGGAAACUUCCAUCUUAGAUUUUCACACUAGAGUUGUGUAUUCAAGUCAAGCUCCUCGUUUUUAAGCAGUUCAGAAAUCUAAUCUAUUUCCUGCCUUCCAUUCUCAGUCCUCAAACCCCAGGAAGCAGCUAGGGGAAAAGCGCGUUUAAGGACCUUGUUGCCCCCGCUGGCACUGAGUCUUAGGAAGAGGAAGAGUGGGUCCUCCCAAGCAUUCAGAACAUUCCCCAAGCUAGAGGGGGAAAAGUCACACUUGAAAGAAAAGGUGUGGAAGGAGUUACAGGCGUGGGAAUGUGAGUGACAAUGGAAAAGCCCUAAAAGCUUGUGUGAGAUAACAGAGCUGGGAAAACUAAGUAAGGCUUGUUUCCUGAGCAGAAAGAAACCACAUGGUGCUUCAGAGGUGACGUGACUUCCGUCAUGCCCAGUGACCUGCUUAGAAGCAUGGUUUUAUCUGAUGGGAUCAUGACUCAGGCGAGUUCUCUCCAGUGCUGUGUCCACUCAGGCCCACCCCCGGCCUCCCAGGAGGGGGUGCCAGCCCAACUCUCCCCUGAGAGGAAAAAGCACAACUGCCUUUCUAAAGCUGAGAGGGGAGGUGAGUGCUGGGAGAGUCUUCAUCCUCCAGCUGCUUGGAUUUUCUUCAGCUCGCCUAUUUUUUCUAGUAAAGCAAACCCGGAUGCUG